AUGGAGCUUAAGCUAGAGCUAGAAGAACCCUCAGUGCUCUCCUUCUCCUUCAAGCGCAAAGCGGGUCGGAAAAAAUUUAAGGAGACCCGGCACCCGAUAUACCGUGGCGUCAGGGAGCGCAAUGGCGGAAAAUGGGUAUCCGAAAUCCGAGAGCCCGGCAACAAGCACCGAAGAAUUUGGCUCGGCACGUUUGCAACUCCGAUGAUGCCCGGCACGGGCGUAUGGGAUUCUCGGUGGGCGUUGCGAGGCGAGGUCGAGGUCGCCGGAGGAGAUAAGGAGGGCGGCGGUGAGGCGGGGAUGGUGGAGAGGGAGGGGGAGGGAGGGAGUGUGGAUGAGGAGGAGGUGUUUAAUAUGCCAGGGUUGGUGGAUGGGAUGGCGGAGGGGAUGAUGCUGACGCCACCGCGCAUGAAAGAGGGGGUUUGAUUGGGACGGUGAGUGGUCGGGGAAUUUGGACUUGUCGCUGUGGACGCUUUAGUUAACGGAAUUUUUAUGGCGCCUAUUUUUUUCUUUUUAAUCUUUCUCAGCGGAAGUUUUUGUUUCGUUAGUAUCGUGUGUUAUUGUUAAAGAUCCAUGCCCACCGUAUACUUAUUCAAAACAUAUAUUCUUUCCUGUAGUAUGGGAUAAUUUAGAAAAAUACGGUGUAAUUAUUAUUUUACAAAACACAUUUCUCUCUUUUAGUCAUGUAGUGUGAGAGCAGUGUGGAAACAUGCAGUGUUUGUAGAAAUUGGCA